UAUGUAUGUAUUUUUGUCUGUUGAUUUGGCUAUAGAUUCUUGGGUUCUUUUGUUUCUUGGAAUAUGAAUUAUGUGUAGAAUAAGAUUUGCAUUUUGUUUCUGUUUAGAUUUUGUUUUAUUUAAUUUACUCCAAAGUAAAUUAUAAAUAAAUUUCUUAAAUUUACUCCAGGAAUUGUUUUUGAUGUAGUUAGAUUUAUGACUGGAUUUUCUUUACAUUUUGUAUAGUUGUUUCUGUUGCUUUGUUCUUGUUAUCAUUGUUAUUAAAGCUUAAAAGGUGUUAUUGUGUUUGGAAUUUUGAUGACAUUGUUCAUAUGUGAUGGUUUGAUACAAGUUGUAGGCUUUGUAAUGAAUUAGAUCUGCAAUGAAGAAUUGUAAAUUGCGGUUACAAGGGGACGGAGAAUUGUGGCAUUGUUUAGCAAUAUUAUGCUAGUAAUGGACACCUCUGAAGUCGAAGAGCACUUAUCCUCAAUUGGGGAGCCGAAGUUACAUGGAGGGAUGUGCAGUAUUCUCUCUGCAAUCCAUUGCAGAGUGAUAGAAAUUUUUCCAGAACUGGAAGCAGCCAGGCCCAGGAGCACAUCUGGUAUUCAGGCUCUAUGUUCUUUGCACAUUGCACUUGAGAAGACCAAGAUCAUUCUUCAACAUUGUGCGGAAUGUAGUAAAUUGUACUUGGCUAUUACUGGGGACUCAGUUGUUACGAAAAUUGAGAGAGCUAGAUCUGCUCUGAUAGAUAGUCUUAGGAGGCUAGAAGAAAUUGUCCCACAGGAAAUUGCUUAUCAGAUCUCAGAAAUUGUAGGUGAAUUUGAGGCGAUUGAGUUCUCCGUUGAUCCGUUGGAGAAGCAAGUGGGUGAUGAUUUAAUUGCAUUGCUACAGCAAGGAAGGCAAUUCAACAGAAACGGUGAUGACAUGAAUGAGCUUCAGUCCUUUCACCAAGUUGCAUUCCGACUUGGAAUAACCUCCUCGGGAGCCGCUCUUAAAGAGAGAACAGCUUUAAAGAAACUUAUAGAAAGAGCUAGAGUUGAAGAAGAUAAGCGAAAGGAGUCGAUUGUGGCUUAUCUUUCUCAUCUAAUGAGAAAAUAUUCAAAAUCAUUUAAGGCGGAUGUUUUAGAUAAUAACUCACAAUGUUCUACACCUUGUUCCCCUAAUGUUCAAGGGUCUUUCGAAGGCUAUGGUGGGCUAGAUGGCAACGGGCACACAUUUGACCAGAAGCUCUCCAAACACAGUUCCUUCAAUUUCAAACCAAAUGUCAGGAGAUUGGGGCAAAUUACAGUCCCUCCUGAAGAGUUAAAGUGUCCGAUAUCGUUGCAACUCAUGUAUGAGUAUGACCCAGUCAUCAUUGCUUCUGGACAAACAUACGAAAGGAUUUGCAUUGAGAAGUGGUUCCAUGAUGGACACAAUACCUGCCCAAAGACUCAGCAGGAGCUCUCUCAUCUCUGCUUGAUCCCUAAUUACUGUGUUAAAGGUCUUGUUACUAGUUGGUGUGAACAAAAUGGAUUUGCCGUUCCAGAUGGUCCUCCAGAGUCCCUUGAUCUCAAUUACUGGAGGCUAGCUAUGUCAGAGGGUGAACAUGAAGAUGCAAAAUUAAUGGAUACUACUGGCUCCUGCAAGCUCAAUGGGUUAAAUAUAGAUUCUAUAGAGAAGAGUGCUAUUUCGGAAGAGGUUGAAGGAAAUGAAGUUGAGAGUGUAUAUACACCUGAUGAUGAACCUAAUGGUGAGGUUGAUACAUUUAAAAGAUACGAUGAGUUCUUGACCGUCUUGAACAAAGAACAAGACCUGAGCAAAAAGUGCAAAGUAGUAGAAGAGGUAAGGCACUUGCUGAGGGAUGGUGAAGAAGCAAGAAUUUACAUGGGUAGAAAUGGUUUUAUAGAAGCUCUCAUCAGUUUCUUAAGAUCUGCUGUGCGUGAUAAGGAUGAAAUGGCUCAGGAUAUGGGUGCUAUGGCUCUAUUCAACCUAGCGGUUAAUAACAACAGAAACAAAGAAGUGAUGUUAGCCGCUGGAGUACUUCCAUUGCUUGGGAAGAUGAUUGCUGAUAGCAGAACUCAUGCAUCAGCAGUAGCCCUUUACCUCAAUCUUUCAUGCCUCGAAGAAGCCAAGCCUAUUAUUGCCUCGAGUCAGGCCGUCAAAUUUCUUAUUAAGAUCCUUGAACAAGAAACUAAUACACAAUGCAAGUGUGAUGCGCUCCAUGCACUUUAUAAUCUAUCAAGCCUGCCCUCCAAUACUCCUCACCUUCUCUCUGGUGGGAUCAUCAAUAGUCUUCUAGCUUUGAUGAAGAAUUCUGAAGACUCUACAUGGACAGAAAGAUCUAUAGCAGUCUUGACCAAUUUAAUUUUGAACAAGUCAUCAAGAAAUGAUAUCAUAUCCUCCCCCGGUCUUAUCAGCGAGCUAGCAUCUAUACUUGACAUUGGCGAACCUCUUGAACAGGAACAAGCUGCAGCAUGUCUUCUGAUGCUAUGUGAUGGAAAUGACAAGUGCAUUCAAAUGGUUCUUCAAGAGGGUGUCAUACCUUCAUUGGUAUCAAUCGCAGUAAAUGGAACUAUGAGAGCAAAGUCAAAGUGUCAAAAACUCUUAACAUUGUUCCGUGAGCAACGACAAAAGGAACCUGCUCAACAUCUACCUCGUGAACAAUCCGAUGAAAAUGAGAUGUCACUGUCCCCUGAAGAACCACCAAAGCCAUUAUCUAAGUCGAUAUCUAGAAGAGUUCUGGGGAGGAACUUGAGUUUUUGGUGGAAAAAUAAGAGUUUCACGGUUUACCGUUGAGCUUCUCAUUGCUGUUACAUGCCAUCUGGUAAAUUUCUUGUUGUUAUGCCACUUGUCUCGGUGGAAUCACCUUUCCUUGUAUACUAAAAGCAGAACAUGCAAAGGCUCUGCAAGCUCUAAAUUUGGUUGCUACCUUUCUCUAGUAUACAUAGUACAUAUGUUUACAUCUUAUAGUAAUAUUGUAGUUGAAUCUAGUUGCAUAUAAGUUCAAACCAGUGCUAUUGUACAAAGCAGCAAGCUUUUGUUAUAUUUCACAGUAAUUUUUCA